UAGAAAGAUAUCUUACCUAUAAACUCUCCUUUUGAUAUAAGUGUUCAAACUAUAUAUGUCUUCUAGACCACACCUUCUUAUCAAUUUCUCAAAAUUUAUAAUCAUGAAAAGUGGAAUCAUAACAAUUUUUGCACUUUGCUUAAGUGUAGCCGUUAUGGCUCAUAAAGAGGAAUCUUAUUACAGCAAAACGCAGCCGGCUAAUCUUAAAGAGGAGAAAGUAACUCGUGUCCGGUUCUACCUCCAUGAUAUUCUUAGUGGCAAAAAUCCUACCGCCGUCAGAAUCGCACAUGAUAAUCUCACAAGAGAUGCAAACUCGCCAGUAGGGUUUGGAAGUCUCUUUGUAAUGGAUGAUCCACUCACCGUCGGACCGGAGAUACACUCAAAAGAGAUUGGGAAUGGCCGUGGGAUGUACGUCUCCGCGAGCAAGGAGAUUAGCAAAUUUACGAUCGUGAUGUACGCUGAUUUGGCGUUUACAACGGGAAAGUUCAACGGGAGCUCAAUUAGUAUAUUCUCAAGGAAUCCGGUAGCAGAAGAGUCUGGAGAAAGAGAGAUUGCGAUUGUUGGUGGUCGUGGGAAAUUCAGAAUGGCGAGAGGCUUUGUCAAAAUAAAAACGCAUCAGAUUGAUAUGAAGACAGGUGAUGCUAUUCUUCGAUAUGAUGCUACUGUUUAUCAUUAUUGAUUAAACCCCAUAUAUGUUUCGUCGAAUUAUUAUAAUAAAUGUAAAAGACUAGCCUAACUGAAAAAUCAUAUCGGAUUAAGAGAUUAGUUAUGUUUGCAAGCCUUCCUUCAAUUCCUAAAAGUUAUCUACU